UUAGAUCGAAGAGAUGAAAAGAUCAGGCUCUAAUAAUGAAAGAGAAGAAAAAGACACUAGUAAUAUAUUCCCAAUAUACUCAUCAGCUCGAUCUCAACAAGACAUGUCUGCUAUGGUUUCUGCACUCUCUCAAGUCAUUGGUAACUCUUCUUCUUCUGCUGGUGGUGAUUCCUCCGUGGACGCCGUGCAUGUUAAUCCACUAACCCUAAUUCCACAAUCUACUCAGCAAAAUCAAUCUCAAUCGUCUAUUCAAGAUCAAGGGAAUUCAGAAAGAAGGCGGUAUAGAGGAGUUCGUCAAAGACCAUGGGGUAAAUGGGCAGCAGAAAUUCGGGACCCAAAAAAAGCAGCUAGGGUUUGGCUUGGUACUUUUGAAACAGCAGAAGGUGCAGCACUUGCUUAUGAUGAAGCUGCUCUUAGAUUCAAAGGAAACAAAGCUAAACUCAAUUUCCCUGAAAGAGUUCAAGGACAAUUCCAAUACAUUAAUCAACAUCAAUUUACACCUGCCACGUCAUCAAAUAAUACGUUUGAACAGAAUUACCCUAAUGUUCAUCACUAUGCUGAUUUGUUACUUCGUAGUGACAAUAAUAUUGAUUUGAAUUUCGACGUUUCACCAAGUACUUGUUAUCAGUAUUCAUCAUCAGGAUCGUCUUUUGAUAUUUCACAAUCAUCAGUGGAAUUGCCAGUUUAUGAUGAGCAGCAACAAGUAAGUACUAAUUAUAAUUAUCAAGAAGAUGAAGAAGAAGAUUUUAUGAAAUAUUCUGGGUCGCAUUUUGGAAAUUCUACUUCAAGUGGUGGACCUCAACAUGAUGAAAGCAAUUGGGAAGAAUAUAAGCAGGAAAAGUAA